AGUCUAACAACUCAAAGAAGAAGAGACCCACACGUCCGAACAAAUUAGCCGCAAUCUCUUACCAUCCCAAUAUACACACACAUGAUCACCAAAUCCAUAUAACAACAAUCCAACAAUCAUUUUCUUCUUGCAAAUCAACCAAUCAUGGAUGAUCCUGAUAUCCCACACCACUUCAUCUGUCCAAUCUCCCUCCAAAUCAUGAAAGAUCCGGUGACUGUCGCCACCGGCAUCACCUACGACCGAGAGAGCAUCCAACGCUGGCAGUCCCACAGCCAAAACAACACAUGUCCGGUCACCAACCAACCACUACCCAUUGUCCCUGAUUACACACCCAACCACAACCUCCGCCGUCUUAUUCAAUCAUGGCGUGUUUCGGAUCAAGUUCCGGCGAACUAUUCAUCUUUUCAGGGGAAGGCACUCGCCGGAAACCUAAUCAAGAAUGUUAACCUACCGGAGUUGAAAGUUUCAUCACUUAAAAGUUUGGUGAGUCUUGCUUCUGAGAGUGAGAAUAAUAGGGCUUUCUUGAAAGAAGUUGGUGUGGUUAGAGCCAUGAUUACAGUUAUUGUUUCUUGUUAUCAGAACUGUACGAUUGUUGGUUUACAAGAAGCCCUUAAUGUUGUUUAUCUUGUGAGAUUUACGCGUGAUGAUACUCGGUCGAUUAUUUCGAAACAUGAUCUUGUAAUACAUUCUUUAACAUGGGUUUUGGAUUUAGAUGAUGAUGACGAUGAUGAUCAAAUCACGACCAUGAAGUUACACGCAAUAGUUUUACUAAAAGAUAUCAUACACAACACGAAAUCACUUGUUCUUGAGCGAUUGAACCGCGAUUUCUUCAAGACGAUUGUACUCAUUCUUCGACAUCUCAAGAUUAAUAAUCUUGAACAUGGGAUCAAGGAGGUUUUGCAUGUCAUGCUUACCACAUGCACUUGGCCAAGAAACUGCUCAAUGAUGAUUGAUUCAGGAGCGGUUUUCGAGCUUGUUGAGCUUGAACUUGGGUCGCCCAAAAAGGCGAUUACCGAGCUGAUCAUGGCAGUGUUGUUUCACUUGUGUUCUUCAGCCGAUGGGCGGGCUCAACUUCUUGGUCAUGCUGCGGGAAUCGCCGUGAUCACGAAGAGAAUCACAAAGGUUUCUCCAAAGGUAGACGAGCGAGCGUUGAUGAUUAUUUCAUUGAUAUCGAAAUUCUCCGGGACAGAUUGGGUGCUUAAGGAGAUGGUGAGGGUUGGAACGGUUGAGAAACUAUGUAUGGUGCUUCAAGUAAAUGGUCUACAUUCUUACCCAAGGGAAAAAGCUAGAGAGAUCCUUAAAAGACACUCAAAUGUGUGGAAAGACUCUCCUUGUUUAGAUGUUACUCUUCUAACAAGGUAUACCAGUUAAUUAUGUAUAUUCUAUACGUUUUGGUUAUUAAACACAUCCAUUGUUUGGUUUUAUUUAUAUUACGUUCCUGUUUUCUCAA